GAAGAAUAUGCCACAAUAACUAUCGUUGUGCUCAAGUUGUUCGAGUUUGUGAACGGGCAAUUAGGAAGUGCCGCAUAUCAAGAUGUAUGUGAAAAACAUCGUUCUGUUUGCUUUGGCAGUUGCCUGCCAAACCACAGCGCAAAGCCUCCUCUUGCGCCAAGCGUCCAACUUCCCAGGUUCUAGUGAUGUGACGCCGCGCCGCUAUAUCGUCGAGUUAAAGUCUCGCGACCACAGCGCUCACGUCGCAGAAAAGGUCGCCGGUAUUCACGGCCUCAAGAUUGUCAAGACUUUCGACCACGACAUUUUUCCAGCUGUCAGCAUCGAGUGCGACCACGCCUGUGAUGCCACAACUGUGGCUGCGGCGUUGAAUGACAACGAGGAUGAUAGUAUAGUGGGCAUGGUUUUCAAAUCUACAACGAUACAACUUGCGCCUACAAUCGAGGGCGAGUCCUACAGCAACGAUGCGGCAGCCUCCAACUACUCUGUCCAUGGAUUGACCGGUGUUGAAAAACUACAUGAAGCAGGCAUCAUAGGCGUCGGUGCCACAGUAGCAAUCGUCGACAGUGGUGUUCAAUACACCCACCCUGCUCUUGGUGGCGGUAUAGGUCCAAACUUCACUGUCGUUGGAGGCUAUGACCUUGUUGGGAAGAAUUGGCCUGAUACUGCGCCUGACCCCGAUGACGACCCAAUGGACGAGUACGGCCACGGCACUCAUGUUGCAGGAAUCGUUGCUGGCAAAAGCGACCAGUUUGUUGGAGUUGCUCCUGGCGCAAAGAUCCUCUCCUUUAAGGUUUUCGGUGAUAGCGGAUAUUCGAACGAAGAAACUGUGAUUGAGGCAUUUCUGAAAGCCUUUGACUCAGGAGCCGAUGUAAUCACUGCGAGCCUUGGUGAGAAGAGCGGCUUCACAUCCAAUGCGUUGGCCGUCAUCGCAUCUCGAAUGGUUGACCAAGGCGUCGUCGUGACUAUUGCAGCCGGUAACGACGGACAGGAUGGCGCCUUCGACAUGAGCAACGGUGCUUCAGGUGCCCAUGUUCUAACGAUUGCAGCAUCAGAGCCUGACGAGUUCCCUGCCCAAGAGUUCACUGCCAACUUUAUCCUAGACGACAAGACGAAUGCCACACAGCUUGGAUAUUACGGUGGCUCGAGCAACUUCCCUGUAACGGUAGUAGAUUGGCCAAUUGUACCCGUCACAUUGAACGCAUCGGUUGACGCUGAUGCGUGUCUACCUCUUCCGGCCAACACACCCAACAUGACGGGGAAGAUUAUGCUGAUUCGAUACGGCGGAUGCUCUCUAUACACAAAGCACAAGAAUAUUGCAGCGUUCGCACCCCAGUAUAUCCUGUUCUACGAAGAUGACGGUGCGUUUCAAUCACCAGUCACAGGCGUUACGCCAGGUCUCACGUCAGUGAUCGAGGCACGUGCCGGGGAGGCUAUCGUCAACACUAUCAUCGAUGGCGGUAACGUGACAGCAUCAUUCGACAUCUCGACGGGUCACUACGUAGGGCUUUAUAACGCAGGUGGCGGACGUCCAGCACUGUAUAGCACUUGGGGAAGUACCUUCGAUCUAGCACUUAAGCCUGACAUUGCCGCACCAGGAAGCAAGAUACUCAGUACAUACCCCACCAACGAGUAUAAGGUACUUAGUGGAACCAGCAUGGCCACACCUUAUAUUGCAGGAGUCGCAGCUCUCUACAUCGGCAAGUUUGGUGGCCGGGCGGCACAUGCCGACGACCCUGCUUGGGCUCAGCGUUUACAUGCCAAGAUUAUGUCGACAGCGCAUGCGGUAGCCUGGGCAGACUGGGCCACGACCGCUACAGACUACGGUUUCUAUGCUCCGACCACUCAAGUUGGUGCUGGGUUCGUAGAUGCCGCGAAGCUUUUUAACUAUACUACAGAGUUGAGCUUCGAUGGUCGCAAGUUUGAACUUAACGAUACGGCCAACUUCCAAGGUGAUCACUCGGUGUCCAUCACCAACACAGGUAGCAGGGCAGUCACCUACACGUUUUCAUUGCAGCCUGCGGGAGGCUAUGAACCGUGGACACCCCUGGCCCCUGGCACCACUAAGUAUGCAGCCCCAGGCCUCAAGCUAUAUGCCGAGAUUAAUCCCGUCGAGAUGGUGCCAGCUGUAAUCUUGCCGGAGGCUGUGACUAUUGGAGAAGGUGACAGUGCAAACAUUGACUUCAAGUUCACGGUGCCCCAAGGGCUCAAUGUGUCCAACAUCCCCGUAUACAGCGGUAAGGUUUUGAUCAGUGGUAACAAUGGCGAGGAGCUCGGUAUUCCUUAUUUUGGUGUUGCGGCAAGUUUGACGGAUGAAAUUCAACACGUCUUUGAUUAUGGAAAAUUGUUCCCCAUUAUGACAACUGGCGCCUCCCCCAUUAGCAUCUCUGUCAAGUCCAACUUUACUUUCAAUCUCACUCGAGAUUCGCAAGACUUUCCACACUUUUCGAAUAUGCUGGUUUGGGGCACGGAAGAGUUGCGUUGGGAUGUAUUCGAUGGCAACUAUACGGAAGCAGACUGGACCUAUCCUCCUGUAGCAGGCCAGAAUGGCUUCAUCGGUUCAGCGACGAGUUGGAACGGGACCAGCAAAUCUGCGUGGUUUGACCCAGCAAUAAAUAGUGAGGAUGACAUCUUCUCCUUCCCGCUGCACACAGUACCGCGCAACACUCGAGCGGAGUAUUACUGGCUAGGCAGAUACGCGAAUGGAACUCAGGCUCAACCUGGGGCUUACAAAUUCCGAAUUGCAGCGCUCCGCCCAUUCGGUGAUCGACAUGUUGCUGCAGACUGGGACGUUUAUCCGACACCUGAUCUUACAUUUUUGCCGUUAUAGGCUUUCCCGAGUACUGGCAAGGUUUUUACUAUUCGUAGAGUUUGGAUUCACGCAUCAAGGCCCGUAAGUAGAGAACACACAAGAUCUUCAAAUACAUAAUCAACUCACUGUCGGAAGAAGAAAAGGCUCUGUGGCGUAGCUCAAUAAGACAGAAGUACUAUGGUGGUACAUAUGAAC